GCAGGGGGCGCGGCGGGGCCUUUUCCGGCCGCCGGGGUCCAGAGCCGCUGGAUGUCCUCCGCCCGCCGCCUUGCCCCGACCCUGCCCGUGCUCGCCAGCAUGUCCUUCAUCCCGGUGGCCGAGAACUCUGACUUCCCCAUCCACAACCUGCCCUACGGCGUCUUCUCCACCAAAGGCAAUCCAAGACCGAGGAUUGGUGUGGCCAUUGGUGACCAGAUCCUGGACCUCAGUAUCAUUAAGCACCUUUUCACUGGACCUGUCCUCUCCAAACACCAGGAUGUCUUUGAUCAGCCAACUCUAAACAGCUUCAUGGGCCUGGGUCAGGCUGCCUGGAAGGAGGCAAGAGCAUUCUUGCAGAACCUGCUAUCUGCCAGCCAAGCCAGGCUCAGAGAUGACAUGGAGCUUCAGAAGUGUGCAUUCACCUCCCAGGCUUCUGCCACGAUGCACCUUCCAGCUACCAUAGGAGACUACACGGACUUCUAUUCCUCUCGGCAGCAUGCCACUAACAUCGGAAUCAUGUUCAGGGGCCAGGAGAAUGCGUUGAUGCCUAAUUGGCUGCACUUACCAGUGGGCUACCAUGGCCGUGCUUCCUCCGUUGUGGUGUCUGGAACCCCGAUCCGAAGGCCCAUGGGACAGAUGAGACCUGAUGACUCAAAGCCUCCUGUAUAUGGUGCCUGCAAACUCUUGGACAUGGAGUUGGAAAUGGCUUUCUUUGUAGGCCCGGGGAACAGAUUCGGAGAGCCCAUCCCCAUCUCCAAGGCCCAUGAGCACAUUUUUGGAAUGGUCCUUAUGAACGACUGGAGUGCUCGAGACAUUCAGAAGUGGGAAUAUGUCCCUCUUGGGCCGUUCCUCGGGAAGAGUUUUGGAACCACCAUCUCUCCAUGGGUGGUGACCAUGGAUGCCCUCAUGCCCUUUGCUGUGCCCAACCCAGAUCAGGACCCCAGGCCUCUUCCAUAUCUCUGCCAUGACCAGCCCUACACAUUUGACAUCAACCUCUCUGUUGCCCUGAAAGGAGAAGGAAUGAGCCAGGCGGCUACAAUAUGUAGGUCCAAUUUCAAGCACAUGUACUGGACAAUGCUACAGCAGCUCACCCACCACUCUGUCAAUGGCUGCAACCUGCGGCCGGGGGACCUGUUGGCUUCUGGAACCAUCAGUGGGCCGGAGCCAGAAAGCUUUGGCUCCAUGUUGGAGCUGUCUUGGAGGGGAACGAAGGCCAUCGAGCUGGGGAAUGGACAGACCAGGAAGUUCCUGCUGGACGGAGAUGAAGUCAUCAUAACAGGGCACUGCCAGGGGGAUGGCUACCGUAUUGGCUUUGGCCAGUGUGCUGGAAAAGUGCUGCCUGCGCUCUCGCCAGCGUGAAGUCCUCUCUGCUCUCCUGGGAGCAAGGGCUCGUGCACCCCUUUUGGGUGACUGGAGCCUCCUUCUGUGGCUGGGGUUCUUCAUUCAGUCAUAAAUAAAGCCAUGUGCUCUGUCUCCAUGCUCUGA